AAAAAGAUCGACAGUAUCUAUGCCGAUCAUUUUAGAACAUCCAAUAAGUUCUGAUUAAAAAUUAUUAAUUUUUUUUUUAUUGUAACAAUUAUAACUUAUGGCUGCAUUACGAAAAUGGACGUUUGUCACUAUUAUGCUAUUCAUAUCACUAGUUUGUUACAUUGAUUCAAGUACAAUAGAAAAACGUUGUAGCAGUGGUUACGGUGGAUGUUGUGGCUGUGGUGAAUAUGGACGAGGCAGUAAUUGUGAUGGCUAUGGAGGAGAAUGUAAUUGCGGUGGAUACGGAGGAGGUAGUAAUUGUGGAGGCUAUGGGGGAGGAAGUAAUUGCGGUGGAUACGGAGGUGGUAGUAAUUGUGGAGGAUAUGGGGGAGGAAGUAAUUGCGGUGGAUAUAGCGCUGGUGUUGGAUGUGGAACUGGUGAUAAUUGUAGAAAUAAUAAUAAUUGUAAAGGGGGUAGUAGUUGCGAUAAUAAUAAUUGUGGGCUUGGAAGUAAUUGUGGAAAAAGUUGUGGUUGUAGUGGGGGAUAUGGAUCCGAUGACUGUUGCUGAUUCAAAAUAACUGUAGCAUACAAAACAUUUAAUUUAUCUACUUUAUUUGAAAUAUUUUACUUUUAAGUAAAUGUAUUUUAUUAAUUCAUAAAUGUAUAUUUAAUAAAUUGUUAUUUAAAAAAUUUAAAUUUGUUAAACUAUACAACAUUAUUUAUUUUUAAGUAGUACGACCUGAUAUAAAUUCAAUACUCACAUGUUCUAUAUUAAAAAUAAAUGAAUGUUAAUCAUAA